AUGGACUUUAGCCAGCUUCCUCCCGAACAUAAUCUUCUUUUGGAGACCGUUGGCGGAGUGGACCCGACGCCAGUGGGUGAAGACGAAAGGAAGGAUUCUUGUCUGGAAGAAAUCGCAUCGGCUUUCGAAAAGAACGAUCAAGUACGCGCGGCAAUUCGAGCUAUCUUGGGUAAGAAAGAUUGGAGGCCUGCCAUCAAGGCCACACAAAAUGCUAAAGGCUCCCCAAGGGAGCAUGGGGCCGGAGGUGUGGGCGACCAUAGCUCUGGUCCUCAGGAGAUACAAGUCCCGGUCGAGCCACUAUUGACCGACUUCAAUCACCUGAUUGAUGAUGAAGGCAGACAAGAUCGGUUAUUUCAAGAUUUUCAAGCGCAAGCCAAGGCAAGCAGAUACCUUCGCAAGAGAACACGGAAGUCGAGACGAGGGAUACGCCGAAAAGAAAUGACAUUUGGACUCCACACUCAGAAUUCGAAGUUUUGGGUGUACGAACCAACUCAAGCCAAAGGGAUCUGCUCAUGGUGGAGUCCAAGCGACGGUCGCGAGGCGGGCGUGGCGAUUUUUGUAAGCCCGCAUGCGCAAAUCUCGAACAUCAAGCCCUGCUGGGAAGCGGAAUGGAAAUCCCAUUGGAUGGCGAUGACAAUGGACAUCAGAGGGGAAUCGGCCUUACUUUUCAGCGUGUACGCACCGACGAAUAGAAAUCAGCGCGAGGCUCUCGUCACCGCGCUCGGUGAGCGGAAACUCGAACAUGAUGGACCUGUUUUUAUAGGUGGAGAUUUCAACUGUACGGUGAGCCCGCGUACUGACCGGUCAUACCAAAACCGACGGCGAAUGAACAUUUCUCACCAGCACUGA